GACGUGUUCACUUGACACAUGGAAAAAGCGGUGACAGCUGAGCCUCUAUUUCUACCAAAAGUUCCUCCCUUUUCUUCCUCUCAAAUUCAUUCGCUUCUCACAAUAUAAAUUUCCAAUUUUUUCAUAUAAUAAAUUAUACUCUAACCUAUAAUUUUUUUUUGGAAGAUAAAAUAAUGGAAACUCUAUCGGAUUCGAAAGGAAAAACUUCUACUAAGAAUUUGGGUCAUAAGAUUGAAGAAUUUUUGACUAUGGAGGAUUCUCGACCAAAGAGCGUGGAAUGGACUGACGAGAAGCAUAGUUUGUAUCUCAAGUCUAUGGAAGCAUCAUUUGUCAACCACUUAUAUGGUUCCUUAGACGUAGUUGGUCGGCAUUCCCAAAAUGAUGGCUUGUCAAGGCAUAAAUUCUCAAGGCAAAAGCAUGCCAAUCCUUCAGGCCAGUAUAAGGUGUUUCAAGAUGGUUGUUGGACCAAAAUUGACUUCAAGAAAGACGAGCCUCAGUUAAAUAAAACAAACGAAUCCGCUGCUGUAUUGGCAAACCCUUGGAUUAAGCAUUACAAAUCUACAGGCAGACAUCAAAUGAGAGUAAUUUCAGAUCUACAGGGGAACACUACCUUAGUGAAACAGAAUCAAUCUCCCGUAUCUGACUUCGGUUUGUGCCGUAAAGAUUAUGUUACAGAGGUGAUGGAUCAAAACUUUAUCGAUGAAGAUCUUGAAGGAGGACAGUCUAGCAGCAGGGAGCACAGCACAAAACGGACAAAAAUUCAGUUAGAUGCCGGUACAAGCAGUGAUCAAGUAAUGAGUUGGACCAGCUAAUUUGCAGCACUAAAUUACUCUGUUGGCACACAUUAGAUUGUCGACUAACCAUACUUUAAAUGUAUCAUCCAGGUAGUUCCAUUUUGCACAUCCUCAAUGACUGAUAAUCUUAAGGAUCUUCUUGAGUCGACGGAGUAAGUCUUUGGCUUUCAGCGAUGACUAUGAUGACACUAACCUCUUUAACCAAGAACGACAAAUGGAAUGUAAAAACAGCAGGUGGGAACACGUCGCGUUUCAAACUAUUGCUAUAGGUUGAUCAAGAUUUUGCUACAGUUUUGCCCGGAACUAGUCAUGGUUUUUUAUCUCUUUAUUUAUCUGUAUGUUGGAAAUUCGAGUAGCCAUCGAACCUCUAAUCCUUGUACAGAUUUGGGGAAAAUGUUGUCAAAAAAUGCUUGCUGUAUCUUACAUGCCUU